AUGAAGAUUAUAUGUUUAAUGAUUACAGUUUUCUGUAUCCUGCCAACCGUAUUGUGUGUACGAUGCUACCAAUGUGCAUCGUCCCAGGACAAUAAAGGUGAAGAUAACUGUGGCGCGUAUCGUAAAUUCAACAAAGAAAGUCACAUAGCAGUCGAAUGUUUUAGUGAUGAAUCCAACAUGCCAGGAUCGUUUUGCAUGAAGUUGACUCAACAAGGACCAAAAGGAUUUAUUUGGGAUGGGAGGUGGAGGCAAGUUGUUCGACGGUGUGCGUCUGUGGCCGAGACUGGUGUAACAGGUGUUUGCAACUGGGGAGUAUAUGAGAAUGGAGUGUAUUGGGAGGAAUGUUAUUGCUCCUCGGACGAAUGCAAUAGUUCCUCAACUAUUACAUCAUCAUUGACACUUAUAUUUUGCACUAUACCACUUUUAUUUAGCAUGUAUAAAAUAAUGUAG